AUUUGCACUGCUUUAAUUAUAAUUCUGAUAUUUAAAUAUAUAUGUAUGCUUUCAUAAAGAUGCAACGUUUGUUUUACAAAUUCUAUGUAAUUUAACAGAUUUCAUCAAAGGAAAAGACGGCUAUUAAUGCAAAUUCAGCAGAAUGAACAACAAAGAAAAAUUUAGUAAAUAUAUAUAUAUAUAUAUCAUACAUCUACGUGUAGGAUGAGUAAGAUUUUUACGUUUAUUUUAAAACAUGUUUGUGCGAAAAUUACUUUAGAUAUAACAAGCACGGGCGCUGCGAUGUAACUAGAAUAACGAUUAAGGGAAGUUGAAGGUGACGACGAUGCCGCAAAACUAAGUUCUGCGUUUAUAAUUAAUUCUGUUUAUGCAAACCAGCACUUUCGUCUCUGCGUAUAGAACAUAGUUUCACAACAACUUGUCAUCUCGUACGUAUCUCAUUAAGAAUCCAAUUAAAUUUCAACAUUAUGUUCGAAAAUUUCGGUAUAGUUUAAUUAUGAUAAUCAUAAUCGAUUUGAUUUGAAAGUCAAAUUUUGAAAAUACAGAAAUUAAAUUUUUCGCUCUAUAUUACUUUUAUUAAAACUUUUUGAAUGUCUAAAUUGUUCGCUUAAGAAGAGAUAUGUGACGUGCGUAACAGGAAGAUGCGAUGCUUGACUAUCAACUCGAAAAAAAUUUGAUGGAGGAGCAAUCAAAAUAUUUAGAGUGGUUCGAUCGGACAAAACGGCGCAACUACAAGCAUCAAGCAAGUUACAAGCGUAAAACGAGCGUUUGGAACGCUCGCAAGGAGUCUGCAAACUUUUCACGACUUUGUGGAAGUUCGGUGUUCGGUGCAGCAUGGCUUAAUCGCGUUUUCGCGAUGCCUAAAGCAGACUCGAUCGUAGAUGCAUCGGUGAGCAUCGGGAAGGCUAUCAAAAUAACGAACCUAUCUGAUUUCAAAGUGGCUUACUUGCGCCUGGCUGAGUCUAAAACGAACCAGGAUCCGUCCUGUGCAUGUGCAACCGGCCUUUUCACCUGAAACCCAAACGGCCCUUCUCCACAUCUGUUCCAUUGAUGUCCCUCGGUUCGUCAUUAGUUGGCGGUGAACCGCCAAAAAUUCGAAGAACCUAGGAGAAGAA